GCUUGCCGUAGUUGUCAUCAGCACCGAAGUCUCAUCUUGUGACAGAUGACGGAAGAUGAGUGUGUUUGUGCAACAACUCUAAAAACAGGCACCGUUAGGUUUAACCAUGUCUCUGAAUGGACGAAGCAGAGGUUUUUAUUUCAGCACGGUCUUGUCCUUGGCUCGGUCACUGGCAGCGCACCGACAGGCGCCGCUGGACAAGGUCCAAAAGCUGCAGUGCAUGUGUCCGCUGGACUUUAGAGGAGUCUUUCAGCUGGACGAGAGGAGGAGAGACGCUGUCAUUGCUCUGGGCAUAUUCCUGGUAGAGUCAGGGCUGCAGCACAAAGAUGCAAUCGUCCCCUACCUUUUACUGCUGCUCAAAGGGCUGCCUAAAGUUCAGUGGAUUGAAGAAAGGUCAGAGUGCAAAGAAGCACUUCCUGUUGCGGAGAACUUCAGCUUCUGUUUGGUGACGCUGCUCUCGGAUGUUGCUCAGCGUGAUGAGACCUUACGAGGGCAGAUUCUGGAGACAAUCAUGGACGUCAUGCAGGGACUGCAAGACGUCUGUAAGAACCCAGAGGAUCAGGAUAAAGCAUACCUCUGCAUGUACGCGGUGCCGACCCUGCUCGGCAUAGCUCGAGCGUUCGGGAGAUACAGCAACACGGAGGAGCCGUUAUUGUCCAAGCUGUUCCCUCGACCCGUUUCUCCCGUGCUGCCUAAUGGCGAGGAUGGCGAUGCCACUCGCCGCAGGUCUUUUAACGAUUUCCGCUCCAUCCUGCCGAGUUCUUUGAUCACAGUCUGUCAGGGAGACACUCUGAGACGCAAAGGCUCCGCGGUAUCCAGUUCAUCACAACAGGGAAGUCCAGAGAAGGGAGGUUUGACCUCCGCCUCACCCGCUGAUCCCUCUGCACAGUACUUUGAAGGCUCGUACCUCCCUGACGGCAGCGCUGUGGACCCUGAGUACUACUUCUCCACCAUCAGCUCCAGCUUCUCUGUCUCUCCUCUUUUCACUGGGAGCAGCACUGGGGUGUUUCAGGUUCCUCUGGACACUCUGAGACAACUGCUGCACAUGGUGAAACUAUUUGUUUGCGAGUCAUAUUUAAAAUCACUAGAUGACACGCUGGCAGACCUCGUACAGCUGAGUCCAGAUCUUCAUUUUCACUACAAGUCAUUCAGUGACCCUCUGUACGUCACCAUUUUCAAAAUGCUAAGAGACACACUGUACAAUCUGAAAGAUCUGCAGACAGACUACGUGAAGGAGAUCCACGACUUUGUCCUGGAGCAGUUCAACAGCAGCCAGUCGGAGCUGCAGCGGAUCCUUCAUGACGUGGAGUACCUGCAGAGUGACCUGAGUCCACUCAAACUGCGCUGUCAGGCCAAUGCUGCUUGUGUGGACCUGAUGGUGUGGGCUGUUACCGAGGAGCAGGGGGCCGAGAACCUGUGCACCAAACUGUCAGAGAAGCUUCAGUCUAAAACAUCCAGUAAAGUCAUCAUCGCUCACAUGCCGCUCCUUAUCUGCUGCCUACAGGGUCUUGGUCGUUUGUGUGAGCGUUUUCCCGUUGUGGCCCAUUCCGUCACGACGUCACUGAGAGACUUUUUGGUCGUUCCUUCUCCCGUGUUGGUCAAACUGUACAAGUAUCACAGCCAGAGCACAGUUACUCCAGGGGCCGGAGAGAUUAAGAUCCAUGUGACGAAUGAACAUUCCCAGUCAACCAUUAAUACAAAUCCUUGUAAGAAGAGCCAGCCCUCCCUGUAUGAGCAGCUGAGGGACAUCUCCAUUGACAACAUCUGCAGGUGUCUGAAAGCAGGACAGACGAUGGACAACAUCAUCGUUGAAGCUUUUCUGGCCAGUUUGUCCAAUCGUCUCUACAUUUAUCAGGAAAAUGACAAGGAUGCCCACAUGAUCCCUGAACACACCAUUAGGGCCUUGGGUCACAUUGCCGUGGCCCUGAGAGACACGCCCAGAGUCAUGGAGCCCAUUCUUCAGAUCCUGCAGCAGAAGUUCUGUCAGCCUCCCUCUCAGCUGGAUGUGCUCAUCAUCGACCAGCUGGGCUGCAUGGUCAUCACGGGCAACCAAUACAUCUACCAGGAGGUGUGGAAUCUGUUCCAGCAGAUCAGUGUCAAAGCCAGUUCUAUGGUUUACUCAACAAAAGACUACAAGGACCACGGAUACAGACACUGCUCCUUGGCUGUGAUUAAUGCUCUGGGCAACAUUGCGGCUAACGUUCAAGCCGAGCAGAUGGUGGACGAGCUGCUGGUCAACCUGCUGGAGCUUUUUGUUCAACUGGGUUUGGAAGGCAAGAGAGCCAGUGAGAGAGCUUCAGACAAGGGUCCAGCCCUGAAGGCAUCAAGCAGUGCAGGGAAUCUUGGCGUCCUGAUUCCAGUGAUUGCAGUAUUAACAAGGCGGUUACCACCCAUUAAGGAAGCGAAGCCACGUCUGCAGAAGCUCUUCAGGGACUUCUGGCUCUACUCUGUUGUCAUGGGUUUUGCAGUGGAGGGUUCAGGUCUGUGGCCAGAGGAGUGGUAUGAAGGAGUUUGUGAGAUUGCGACCAAAUCCCCACUGCUGACCUUCCCCAGUGGAGAACCUUUACGCUCAGAGCUGCAGUACAACUCCGCACUAAAGAACGACACUGUCACACCAGCGGAGCUGAAUGACCUGAGGAGCACCAUCAUCAACCUGCUGGAUCCUCCUCCGGAGGUGGCCGCUCUCAUCAACAAGCUGGACUUUGCCAUGUCCACAUACCUGCUGUCUGUGUACAGACUGGAGUACAUGAGGAUGCUGCGUUCUCUGGACUCUGAUCGAUUUCAGGUCAUGUUUCGAUAUUUUGAAGAUAGAGCCAUUCAGAAGGAUAAAUCUGGUAUGAUGCAGUGUGUGAUCGCUGUCAGUGACAAGGUUUUUGAGGUCUUCCUACAGAUGAUGGCAGAAAAAGCAAAAACCAAAGCCCACGAGGAGGAGCUCGAACGCCACGCCCAGUUCCUGUUGGUCAACUUUAACCACAUCCACAAGAGGAUCCGCCGAGUGGCUGACAAGUACCUGUCUGGCCUGGCUGAAACGUUCCCUCACUUGUUAUGGAGCGGCCGAGUUCUGAAGACCAUGCUGGACAUCCUGCAGACCCUUUCUCUGUCUCUCAGUGCCGACAUUCACAAGGACCAGCCGUAUUACGACAUCCCAGACACUCCAUACAGAGUAACUGCCCCUGAUACCUACGAAGCCAGAGAGGGCAUCGUGAAGGAUUUCGCUGCACGCUGUGGUGAGAUCCUUAAAGAGGCCAUGAAGUGGGCUCCGUCUGUGACUAAAUCCCAUUUGCAGGAGUAUCUGAACAAACACCAGAACUGGGUGUCAGGUCUGUCACAGCACACCGGCCUCGCUAUGGCUACAGAAAGCAUCCUGCACUUUGCUGGGUAUAACAGACAGAGCACGACUCUGGGGUCCACUCAGCUGACGGAGAGACCAGCGUGUGUGAAGAAGGACUACUCCAACUUCAUGGCCUCCCUCAACCUGAGGAACAGAUACGCUGGAGAGGUGUCUGGUAUGAUCCACUUUGCUCAUGCUGUUCGUGGACAGUCUGACCUGAGCAGAAUGAUGAUCAAGCAGAUGGGAGAGGCUCUGGACUCUGGUCAACCUGAGGCCUUCACGGAGGCCAUGUUCAAACUGGCUGCUUUACUUAUUAGCACCAAAGAAUGUGACCCUCAGCUGCUGCACCAUCUCUGCUGGUCUCCUCUCAAGAUGUUCACAGAGCAUGGCAUGGAAACGGCCAUUGCCUGCUGGGAGUGGCUGCUGGCAGCACGUGCCGGAGUGGAAGUACCGUUUAUGCGUGAGAUGGCAGGAGCGUGGCAGAUGACAGUGGAGCUGAGGAUGGGCCUGUUCUCAGAUGAACAGGUGGAGGCCGAUCCACUGGCUGCGUCAGAGGAGAGCCAGCCUGUGCCCUGCCCUCCAGACGUCAUUCCUCACCAGAUAUGGGUUGAGUUUCUUGUCCAAAGGUUUGAGAUUGCCAAAUAUUCCAGCGCAGAUCAAGUGGAAAUAUUUUACACUUUACUUCAGCGCUCACUGUCCCUUAACGUAGGCGGGGCCAAGAGUAGCCUCAACCGCCAUGUCGCCGCCAUUGGACCUCGAUUCAGGCUGCUGACUCUGGGUCUGGCUCUGCUCCACUCAGACGUCGUCACCAACGCCACUGUACGCAAUGUACUCAGAGAGAAGAUUUACUCCACAGCCUUCGACUACUUCAGUGUUUUGCCCAAGUUUCCCACUCAAGGAGACAAUCAUCUCCGUGAGGACAUCAGUGUGGUCAUCCGCUUCUAUGCCAGCAUCCUGUCGGACAAGAAGUACCUAGCAGCGUGUCUCUUGGUUCCAUCUGAUAACCAGGACCCCUCCCUGAACAGCCUGUCUGUGAUGAAUGCUGUUGACUUCAGGAACAAUCUGGACUCAAGUGCCCGGUCCCAGCAGAGUGGCCAGGGGUGGAUCAACACCUACCCCCUGUCUAGUGGCAUGUCCACCACAUCCAAGAAAUCAGGCACAUCCAAGAAGAGCAACAGAGGAACACAGCUUCACAAAUACUACAUGAAGCGCAGAACUCUGCUGCUAGCCUUACUGGCCAGUGAGAUCGAGCGGCUGACCACGUGGUACAACCCUCUGUCCACUCAGGAGCUGGCUAUCACCACGGAGCAGUCGGUGGAGACCAGCAUCGCCAACUGGAGGUCCAAAUACAUCAGUCUCACUGAGAAACAGUGGAAGGACAACGUCAACCUGGCCUGGAGUAUCGCCCCCUACCUGGCUGUACAGUUACCUGCAAGGUUUAAAAAUGACGCCAUUGUUACUGAAGUGACCCGCCUGGUGCGACUGGACCCUGGGGCAGUCAGUGACCUACCUGAAGCUGUUAAGUUCCUGGUGACAUGGCACACCAUUGAUGCUGACUCUCCUGAGCUGAGCCACAUCCUGUGCUGGGCCCCAGCAGACCCCCCCACAGGGCUGUCCUACUUCAGCAGUAUGUACCCUCCUCACCCUCUGACAGCUCAGUAUGGGGUGAAAGUGCUGCGCUCCUUUCCUCCAGACGCCAUCUUGUUCUACAUCCCUCAGAUUGUGCAGGCUCUCCGUUAUGACAAGAUGGGCUACGUGAGAGAGUACAUCCUGUGGGCUGCACAGAAGUCCCAGCUUCUGGCCCACCAGUUCAUCUGGAACAUGAAGACCAACAUAUUUAUGGAUGAAGAGGGACACCAAAAAGAUCCUGAUAUCGGGGAGUUGUUGGAGCAGAUGGUUGAGGAAAUCACAGGUUCACUAUCAGGUCCGGCCAAAGACUUCUAUCAAAGAGAGUUUGACUUCUUUAAUAAGAUCACCAACGUGUCUGCCAUUAUCAAACCCGUUCCAAAGGGGGAGGAGAGAAAACGAGCCUGUCUCAAAGCCCUGUCAGACAUUAAAGUCCAGCCAGGUUGUUACCUGCCCAGUAACCCUGAAGCCAUAGUCCUGGACAUCGACUACAAAUCUGGAACACCAAUGCAGAGUGCAGCUAAGGCACCAUAUUUGGCCAAGUUCAAGGUGAAGCGCUGUGGGGUGAGUGAAUUAGAGAGAGAGGGGCUCCGUAACCCCUCCGACCCCCUGGAGGAUGGAGAGGAAAAUUCAGAGGCUUCACGGCGAGUUUGCUGGCAGGCUGCCAUCUUUAAAGUGGGAGACGACUGCAGACAGGAUAUGCUCGCCCUGCAGAUCAUUGGACUUUUCAAGAACAUCUUCCAACUGGUCGGACUGGAUCUGUUUGUUUUCCCAUACAGAGUGGUGGCUACUGCACCAGGGUGCGGAGUCAUUGAGUGCAUUCCAGACUGCAAGUCCAGAGACCAGCUGGGCAGACAGACGGAUUUUGGGAUGUACGAUUACUUCCGUAACCAGUAUGGAGAUGAAUCCACUCUGGCAUUUCAGAAGGCUCGGUAUAACUUCAUUCGCAGUAUGGCCGCCUACAGCCUUCUUCUGUUCCUGCUGCAGAUUAAAGACAGACACAAUGGCAAUAUCAUGCUGGACAGCAAGGGUCACCUCAUCCACAUAGACUUCGGCUUCAUGUUUGAGAGCUCUCCAGGUGGAAACCUGGGCUGGGAGCCAGACAUCAAGCUGACCGACGAGAUGGUGAUGAUCAUGGGAGGAAAGAUGGAGGCCACGCCCUUUAAAUGGUUCAUGGAGAUGUGUGUGAGAGGAUAUCUAGCUGUGCGACCCUACAUGGAUGCAGUUGUUUCUCUGGUGACGCUCAUGCUGGACACUGGGCUGCCGUGCUUCAGAGGACAAACCAUUAAACUCCUCAAGGGGAGGUUUAAUCCACAAAUGAGUGAGAAAGAAGCAGCAGCGUACAUGAUCAAAGUCAUUCAAAGCUGUUUCCUCAGUAGCAGGAGUAAAACAUAUGACAUGCUGCAGUAUUACCAGAACCAAAUUCCUUACUGAGGAUCUUCCACCGCAACUCCACUGUGUUCAAGUGAAGCGCUCCUACAAAGCAAUACAAACGCAGGUGCUGUGUGUCCCACUCUGCUCCUUUAAGACAGCGCUCUGGCACUUUUGGUCCGUCUUCACUAUGAUAAGUAUUCCAGAAUUUAUGAUGGACUUUGUCUGAGUUUCACACUUGGUCUUUAUUUCACUUCAGUGUAAAUGACAACGUUUAGCUUUACCUGGAGGAGGCGCUGGAUUCACCCUUUAAGUAUUUUCUUCUGAUGCUGUUCUCACCAAACACUGUCAUGGUAGAGCAGUGGUUCCUAAAGUUCUUCUGUCCUCCCGUCCAUCCCCCUGUCGUGGAGCCAAAUCCUCCACAUUCACACAACAAAAACACUGUAAUUGUGAUCAUUUCAUUGAAAAAAAAACAGAAUAAAAUUACAAAUCAGUUCAUUUUCUCACUGUUCCAUGAAAAUCCGCUGCCUACGCCCGAUCGCUCUUCACCUUCUAGCGGAGAGCGCCCCCCACUUUGGAAACCACUGUUCUGCAUAAAGACAGCAAUCAUAGGUUAAUACUAUAAAUCUAUGUAUAUAUAUUAUAUAUAGUAUUUGUUCAAACAAUUUGUUGUCGUCUUUAAAGUUAUGUCACUAUGCUGGUAUUUACUUCAAUGCACUUUAUAGAUAUCGUAGUAUUUGAUCAGCACCACCUCCCUAUCAUUAAAAACAGAACAAAGAUUGUAGAGUUUUAGGCAGUUUUUUAUUGAUCAAAUAAAUUGUAAUCUUUGCAUUUCAGUUCUACAUGAAUUAUCGUCGUUAAGAUAAAUGUUUAAUCAAUGCAGAAAUCAAUCAACAUUAAGAAAAACCUAGUGUUAAGAAGUAUCUCAUGACUUUAAGAAACAAUAUCUACUGUAACAGAUCAUAAAACAGAGAACAUAUUUAUAACAGGAUUUCAAGUCUUUUUAACUGCAUGGUUUAGAUGCCUACUCUCAAAGGCCAGUCACUUCACACCUUCUAGAACAAGACUUUACGUCAAAUCUGUCUCACAAACUUUUUUAUCACAGGAACUUGUCGGCUCGUCACCUAUAUGUUGAGAAUUCAAAUGUUUCACUGCUGGGAUUUUUCUUCUUUUGGUUUAAAUGACAGUGUGACGACCAAAACCACAGUAAUGAUUGACAUAUAACACACCUGUCACAGCAGCAGUGUAACAGCAAUCACACACUGAGUCUAUCUGUUAAUCACACUAACCAAAACCUGUUGUUUAGCUCACAUACACAGAGUCACAGUUUGUCAUUUCCUACUCAGGUUCUGAAAACCAACAGAAGUCUAAUCAUUUUCUAUUAGGAGAAAAAGUCAUAUCCAGUGUCUGCGACCCUCACAAACCUGCAGUUCAAAGGACCAAAAAAACUAGACAUUAAUUUUUAACUUUUAAUUUCCUCUGAUCCUUUAGUGCAGUGUUCCACAUUGUUCUCUGCAGCACGCCCCGUGUGAAGAUAGGACUAUUGCUGAGCAGUCCCAUUUGGACAUGUUCACAGCUUGAAAACACUUCAAUAUCCUGUGAAUUGGUUUUCUAAGCCUUUGAUGGACGCUCCUUUGAUACUUUAACCAACGAGUUAAUUUGCUGAUUAAGAAGCCUUCUAGAAUGUUGAAUUAUUACUAUGAAACUUGUAGUUGUAUUGGAAAAAGGAAAUAAGACUACAGUUCUGUCCAAAUAUAAAAAUACUGAUAUUAAAAAAAAAUUGGCUCUGCAGGAGCACCAUGCCCCCACUUUGGAACCACUGCUUUAAUUAAUCUUUUAUUUACACCUUGUUUUAUGCUUUUUUUAAAAUUUUCUAGCUUAGGUUAGCUUUUGACAGUUUUCUAAUACAGUUAAAAAUUAAAAAAUAAAUAAAUAAACAAAAGGUCAAGUUAGGAGCCGCUCCGUUCCUGUGGUAGAAAAGCUGUGAGCAGAUGUCGUCGACGGGGCAGCCACCUGUCAGCAGCUCUCACAUGUACGUGGAGACAUAUCGUCAGUGUUUACACUGAGUGACUUUCUGUUCCUCGAACCUCUGUUGGAUGAUCUCGCUGUAACUGAUGCACAUGAUAAUAAUAAUAACACUUAUAAAAGCCAUUCCUCCUACCCUGGGUAGACUCUAGUGAUACUUGACGAAAGGAAAAGAAACCUAACAUUAUGCAAUAUACUGUAUAUUCAUGUGUACUAAUACUGUAUCUGUGUUGUUGUGUUCAACAUGAAAUGCUGUCAUUCAUUACAGUCUAAAUCUCUGCGUAUAAAGUGUUUUCUGUUGCAGCUCUGACUCAUUUUAACACCUACAGAAGGAAACGUGUUGCUGUCAUGCCAAAAAAAGAUUUUUUUUACCUACCUACUAGGUGUUACACAUUAUUUUGAUGUGAUGUGAUAAACUGUAGUAUUGCAGUACAACAUAGUAUUAUUGUUUAUUAGACCUUUAAAAGCUACAGUAGAAUUAUAUAAUUUUACUUAGAAAUAGUUGUUGUUAGAAAAUGCACAACAAAUCUAUUAAUUAAUUAUAUUUUAUUUUGUUUCUGUGACACGUGACAGUUUUUGCAAUAGCAAUGAAAUAAUUAUUUAUAAAAUAUAAAUGAAUUUGGAGUUUUUUAUCCCAAUCAAUCCAAAAUAAUAUUCGCUAAUAACCAUGAAUUAAAAAUGAUACUAAAAAUAAAUACUGAUUUCCCAAAACCCAAUAAAGUAUAUUUUAUCAGGUGAAACAGUAAAUGUAUUGUUCUAUUUUUCUCCAUACACGUCAACAAUUUACAAUAAAUCAUGCAGUUGUAUUUCAAAUCUAAAACCUUUCAAUAUAUCGUAGUAAGACGUGAAAAUGUAUAUAGAAAAUGUUAUUAAGAAAUUUAAAAAAAACAUUUUUUGGCCUGCUAGCAAUAUAUGAGUGCACGUUAAUGACAGCUGAAUGGAAUAUACUGGGAUGAAGUAUAUUUUUGACUGACUAGUAAAUAUGGACUUGGACGUGAUCGUUGCUGUUCUCGUUGUCUCUUGACCGUGUCAUUUAAAACUUGAUGUUACUGAUGCUGUAUUUUUAAAAUUCCAAUCAUUCCCUUUACUGUACUGUGUGUGUGUGUGUGUGUGUGUGUCUGUUCUGUUGGUACAACACCAGUACUGGUUCAGAUAAAUCUCUUGUCUCUUGUCUGUGGGACUUUUCAUUGUUUCCACAUUAAACGUGUGAUCAUUUUAUCAGUUA